AUGAAUAAGGGCCAGGGCCUUGAGUCUGCCGUUCACACAAAGUCCCAGGUUUACGGUCGCGCAAGCUUAUUCCUUGUUAGCGGCUGCAAGGAGGCAUUGUACCGAUACGUUCUUGAGUCUCAUUCGCUCGUCAUCUGCGUGCAUACAACUAUUUCCUCUCUUGUCGGCAAGGGGAGCAAUUAG